AUGGAUCCAGCACUCAGACACAUCCAAGGCCCGUCUGGGAUAACAAAAGCAAAUAAACAAGGUCGUCGACCCGGAAAAACAGCAUGUACAGCCUGCCACGCCCGCAAAAAGCGAUGCGACAUCGUCCCGCCAUAUCACCAGUGCACGCACUGUCGCAAAGAAGAUCAAUUAUGCAUCCCGCGAGAUUUAAUUGAGAGCCACCAAGAUACAGAUACUAGCAAGACUUACAAAACCGUUGGAAGAACCCCUCAGCAACAAAUGGCCAAACGCAACCACAACAAUCAAAAAGCUAGCAAGAACGGAAACCAAUUCCACGUCAAUGGCUUUCUGCCAAAGGGAAUCGAUCACGAAGUACCCCGCUGGAGUGCAGUGUACUCGUCAUAUUCGGAGAUGCGCCGGCUACUGCCUUCUCUCACUUCCACUUCCCCUCUUACUUCCACUUCCCCGUCCCCUUCGCCCGAGAUUGACGGGGACAUGCCACACAUGCAAUCUGCACCAAUUGAGAGGCAGCAGAAUGACGAUGUGUCUUUGUCAGGGAUGGAAUCUUCGAGGUACAUUCAGUCUGAAACUUUAUAUAGGGAUUGUGGGGAGGCGGCUUCGAUAAAGGGGAUCAGCAUACCUGUUUCUCGGUCUCGAUCUUGGUCUUUGUCUACGGCACCUCCAGAUGAAAGGGCUGGGCUGGAGAAUGCAUUAACUUGUGGUGCUGGGAUCCUGCGUGGGGGCCUUGCUUCAGUGGAUGAAGUGAGAGCUCCAAGUGGUGGGGAUUCUCAUUCUGCCCAUGAUGUUUUUAUGAAUGAUCUCGAUGCAUUGCUUAGAUUUUGA